AUGGGUGCCCUUGAUAGAAAGAGGGCUUUUUUUUUUGCUCAAGAGGAGAGGAGAUGGGUCUCAAAUCGGGUUCCCCUCCAAGUUAACAAUUAUGGUCCGGGUCUGGAUCUCAAUGCUAGCCCUGGUGGAGUAGACAUUCAAGGUAGAGAAGAGAUGUUCCCGGUUCCAGGUGGUAUUUCGAAGAGGAAGGAGCCUGAAAGAGGUGGGAGAAUGAGAGUUUCAGAUACAAGCAAUCUUCGUGGCCAUAGGAUCAGUAUACUGGAAUCUGGUGCAUUUUUCAAGCCUUGUAACUGUUUUUACUUUACACUGGAAUAA